AGUUAAAGUUGUAUGGACUAUAAAAAUAUUGUACAUGGAUAAAGCUAUAAAUUAGAACAACAUCUAUGUUAUAUUCAAUCCUUGAAAUAAAAAAUAGAAUAUUCAUACAGCAACGUUCUUGAAUGUCUUGAAGCUCAAGUAAAGAGAUUGCCAGAGGUAGCUUCAAUCUUGGUGGCGUUGAAAUGAAAUCUGACAACUGACAUUUAAUUUGAGUUUAAAAAGUUGUGGAUGCUGAAGAUUCCAAUCUCUUGUUUGACUCGUCCUUCCCUUUAUCUGUCAAACUCAGCCAUUUAACCAGGAUUAGAAUGAUUGAAAGUGAUUUUAUUGCUAUGAACAAUGAGAUACCAGAACCACAGAUCGGUACAAAACGUAGCACAUCCACCGCUCUAAACUCAAAACAAAUCCUCCGUUCAAGGGUCACCAAACUGAUGCUCAGCCUAGGGCUGUGGCGGGAACAACUAGCAGCCCAAAUCCCCACCUCCUGGGAGAAGUUCGACAACUGUGUACUCUUCAACGAGAAGCACUUCCAAGAUGGCGACUGGUCAAAAGCUGGCGCUCAACUUUGGAAAACUGUGGCCGAUGUUUUUGGGGUGGCGAACGUCGCUAUUAAGGGGAGUGUUGAGAGAGAUAAAUUUCGUACACCACGAGUCAGAGUUGUUUUUGGGGAGUCAAAUCUGGUUCGGUUUAAAGAUAACGGUGUAAUCUACACGUGGGACACGACCAAAUGUAUGUUCAGUCGAGGUAAUGUGAGUGAGAGACACCGUGUGGCGAAGCUGGAUUGUAGGGGGGAAACAAUCGUCGACCUAUUCGCGGGAAUCGGGUAUUUCACUCUGCCCUUCCUAGUGAAAUCCAACUGCCAACAUCUGCAUGCCUGUGAAUGGAACCCUUCUUCCAUACAAUCACUGAAACAAAAUCUAAAACUGAACAAAGUCGACCAUAAGUGCACAAUACAUGAAGGCGACAAUCGAUUAGUUUGCCCUAGAAAUGUCGCGGAUAGAGUCAACCUAGGACUUAUUCCUACCAGUAGGGAUUCCUGGGAGGUUGCCUGUCUAGCCUUGAAAUCAGAUACUGGUGGAGUGUUGCAUGUACACGAAAAUGUGAACACGAAACAAGGUGACAGAGAUUGUGAGUGUGAAGAUCACACACAUGUGUGUGCAGUUUUCAAAUGUGAAACAUGUGUGAAGAUACUUGAUAGACUAGGCAUCAAGUCCCCCUCGAACUUUCCCCUUAAUGAUUUGUCGUUCAAACUGGUUUCCCAAAAUAAAACUGAUCAAAAUAUAUUAGUUUCCCAAGAUAAUUCUACAACAAUUCCUCAAACUAAAUCAGUUUCCCUAUAUAACACUGCAAUAAUUCCUCAAACUAAACCAAAUAUAUCCAUUUCUCUAGAUAAUUCUGCAACAAUUCCUCAAACUAAAUCAGUUUCCCCAGAUAACACUGCAAUAAUUCCUCAAACUAACCCAAAUUUAUCCAUUUCUCUAGAUGAUACUGCAACCAUUUCUCAAAAUACAUCAGUGUCCCUUGAUAACUCAAGAAUCAACCAAAUUUUUCAAGAGAAAAAAGUGGAUCUACUGCUAAUCAAAGACACAAAUAGUGGAUUGUCUUGGAAAAAGUAUGAAUGGUUCAUCUGGGCUCUACAUACUACACAUUGUUUCGGCAGGAUUCUAUCUGAAAUCCACAGGAAUCCGUGGAUUGUUUCUGUGAAUAAUGUGCAUCAUGUUAAAUCCUAUGCUCCAUAUAUUGAACACAUGGUGAUUGAUUUGGAGUGUAGACCGACGACCUGAGUUUUGAAGAUGAUUGAUUUAAUUGUUGAUUACAGAUUUAAUCAGCUAAAUUUGUUGUGAAAUGUUGAAUGAAAAUUCUAAUGAAGUAUG